AUGAGUGCCUUUGGUAAUUGUUUCAAAACUAUUCUAAAUGAGGUUUUCCAAUCAGGCACAAAAGUUUUAGUGGCUUGCCAAUAUCUAUAUAGUCAUCGACAAGUUCUAAUGUUUAUGGCUUUAGUGACAUUCCAAGCAUUAUCAGUUACCGCAGCCAUUACCUUGUCUUUACUAUUCCAUAACUCAAGUGUAAAUGACACUUUAAGAUCACAAGGUUUACAGUUCUUUGUUGAUAUUUUAUCAUUCAAAUUUUUAGAUUCUAUCGAUAUUAGAGGUUGCAUUGAGUUCAUUGUAGAUGUCUUUUUUGUUCCUUCAUUUGUAUAA